AAAGCAAAUAAUUGAAUGUAUUGAACCAGUUCUUGGAGAGACUCAAUGCUAAUAAAGAAACCAAGAGGCAGAAUAAACAGUUCGAUGAGAUGUUACAAUGUCUAAGGAGUAAGACGGAUGCUGGAGAAAAGGGAGAAAAUAAAAGCAAGCAAGAAACCGCUUGUACAAUAUUAGAACAAUUGAACGAGUUCAAAAGUCAAUCAAUUAGCACUCAAUUUGAGGAGCUACCUGAAUCCAUUUUGUGUGUAGUAGAUGACUAUACUAAGACAGGCGGUUAUGUGAAUUUCAGAAUAAAUCUGAGAGUUAUAGAUUGGGCUUUUGCUGUUGCUAAUGGGAUCACAAUCUCAGGAGACCCCAAACGUUAUUGGGUUACAAGGACUUUCGUUGUAGGUACCUUGAAUUUGCGUUACAGUGAAGUUCCAUGAAAACCUUUAAAAAUACAAAGAUUAAAAUCAAUACAAGCCAGUGAGUGUUUAAAGAAUCGGGAUCCACCUUCGUACCCGAGCAAGGAUUAUUCAAAGAAGGUAUUGUCAACGGCUCCGUAUUCUUUGUAGUAUACCCUGUUGUCAAGCUGAAUUGAAUAGAAUUCACUCUUUAAUAGUGUCUAGCACACAUGUACUAUUUCAGCUAAGUAGUUUUCAGCGCAAAGUAAAUACACAAAUAGCAGUUAGUGGUGCUCCCACCUAUUACUUGUCCGUUCAUUUUUGUAUUUCAUAGCAGUUGAGCUGUAGAA